CAGUGACCUACUAACACAGAUCCAUGAGGCAGCAGUCACUCCGGGAGGAAAACGCAAAGGAGAAACAAGGAAAUAUUACCUCACAAUUAUUGGAAUUUUAUUGUUGCAGAUGAAACCAGUGUUGCUUUUUGUCUUUUAUAUACGCCGUUUCAUACUACGGACUAUAUGAUUGAGCUUGUGUUAAUUAAAGGUUAACAAGAAAUAAAUCCCUGCCUGGAAUUAUUAGCAGACACCAAUGACAUGUAUGGCACCGCUGUUGGUUUAUCAUGAAGAUGCAUCUGUUCAGCACAACUGAUAACUAAUGAGUUUAUGCAAUCUGGGCCACACUGUAAUAUGCAGGCCAUUAAGAAAGAGCCAUCAUAUGGUGGGGAGGAAGCCCUGGUCUUAGCCAUGGCUUUGCAGGGCACAGACAGGGACUUGAUCAAUCACAAGCUGUCGAGCCUGCCGUUCAAGGCUAAGACGGCCACAUGCCGUAGGAAGCGAGAGUUCAUCCCAGAGGAGAAGAAGGACACCCUGUACUGGGAGCGAAGGCGCAAGAAUAACGAGGCAGCCAAGCGCUCACGGGAGAAGAGGCGGCUCAAUGACAUGGUGCUGGAGAGCAAGCUGAUGGCGCUGGGAGAGGAGAAUGCAUCACUCAAGUCUGAGCUACUGUCUCUCAAGCUGAAGUUUGGUCUGGUGAGCUCGGCUGUCUAUGCUCAGGAAGUGCAAAAGAUCUCCACCUCUACCAGUGCCCUCUACCGGGACUUUGUGUCACCUGGCAGUGCCAAAGGCUCCUACCCAAGAGAGCUGGAGUCAUCGCGACUGGGUGGUAGCUGCAUAUCAGUCAUUAAACAGUCCCCGCACAGCUCCUUGUCAGAAGGAUCUGAUUCUGGCAUGGUGACGCAGGGUGGCCCACUAGUGAAUAUCUGCAGGACUCCCGAAAUCAUCAAGCAAGAACCUCUAGAAAGUAGCAGCUAUACCAAGGACCGAGCCAGUCCCUUUGAACUGUACAGAAAUUAUGUGAAUAGUCCUUUCCCUGGAGGCUACUCCCAACCCUCCCCAUUCCUGCAGAUCACCAGAUCAUCCAGCAACUCACCAAGGACCUCUGACGGAGACGAUGGAACCGUGAGUAAGUCAUCAGAUGGAGAGGAUGAACAGCAGGUACCCAAAGGUCCAGUGCCAUCCACUGCGGACCCAAGGAGUGUGAUAGUCUCUGCCCUCAAAGUGCCAGACUCCAAUGCCUCAGCUUUGCCCCACAAACUGCGCAUCAAAGCCCGGGCCAUCCAGAUCAAAGUGGAGGCCAUAGAUCCAGACUAUGACUCCCCAGGGAAGUCCUCUUGCCCCAUUGACAUGUCUGCAACGGGAUGCUACCAGAUGAGUCAGGGAUCUGCCACUGAGUACCAGUCCACACUAAGCCCACUGUCCCUGCAGGUAAAUAAUGUCCAGGACUGGAUCCACCAGCCAGAAUACUGGCACAAAGACCACAGGGAGGCUCCACCAAGUGGCUGCCAGAGCAGACUUUCCCCUGACCCAGCAGAGCCUUUGAAUAAAAAACUAAUUGUUGACAUUAAAGAGUCUGAGAACUUGUACUUGAAAAGGGGCAUUGCUGACCUGUCGGCAGAAGUGGCCUCCCUGAAAAGGAUGAUUGCAAGACGACAGGGGUCUGUUAUUGAGUCCACCAAAAGCACUACUGAACAUGACUCAGUAUCAAAAGGAUGUUACUCAAACUGAGGCUUCUCUGUUUGCACAACACCUGUUUUUCACUGUGUCUGCUACUGCACCACGCAGUUGAAAUGGUGUCUAAAAGCUGCGGUUCAUUGAGAUGAAUAGCGGUUUUGCGCACUUAGUGUUGUACUUUGGCGUGUUCUGUUGAUGACUCCUUCAAGUAGCCAGAAGCCAAAAUGUUAGGCUAUUACAUGCAAAGAUAAUGCUCUCUCAAAAUUUGUUGUACAUUGUAUGUUCUUUUUUGUUUACAAUAAAUAUAUGUAAGCACUGAAGCACCAUUUUGUCUUUUUCACCUUUCCAGGAUGUUUGAAAGAGUGUAUUGUACAAUGAAUCAUCUGAAGGUUUUGAAUGAACUGCAGCUCUAUACUGACAGUGCAUCUUUCAAAUUUUGUUUACCUUUGUCAUUUCUAUAUGGUUCACAGUUUUUACCCUGGAUUUUAUUUAAAUGAACUGUAGGUAGCAUUUUUCAUGUUGAGAAACUCAUGUUGAUAAACAAUAAAAUGAACAUUCAUGGAA